CGUCCUGCCCAGUGGAGCCCUGAAAUCCUUAAAAGCAGCUCACUGCUGCUCUCCUCUCACUUCACUUUGCUGCAGUCGGAGCUCGUCUGGACUUUGGGAACAGUACUGUUAUUUUAACUGCAUUUUCCAGCUGCAAACAUGGCUCAGAUCAACAUCUGCCUCAAACGCAUCUUCACUGUUUUCAACAUAUUCUUCAUCGUUGUUGGUGGAGUGGCCAUCGCCCUCGCUCUGUGGUGCCAGUUCUUCAUGAACAUUCGAGGAGGACACAACCUGGAGGGUCGCGCCACCCAGCUCUUCUUCUUCUACAUGGUGGGCUGCAUCACCAUGAUGAUCGCUGUGCUGGGAGCCUACGGAGCCCACAAGGAGAGCAAAGUGGCCCUGAUCAUGUUCCUGGUGUUUAUGGUCAUUGGAUCCCUGCUGAUGCUCAUAAUUGGAAUCCCUGCUGCCAUCAUUUAUCCUCAGCUCAAAGGCAUUGCAAAGGAGACCUUCAGUGGGUUUGUGCCUCUGGACAAAUCUUCAGAGGAUGUGAGGAACAUGGCUGAGGGCAUUCAGGAGAAGUUUCACUGCUGUGGUCUGUUCAGCUACAACGACUGGGAGAACAUCCCCGACUCCUGUGUGUGCAGCCAGGAGGAGGAGAAGGAGGGCAAGUGUCAGACUGUCGAAAACAACACUUUCAUGCUGCAGAGAAAGUCCGUCUACACUAAGACCUGCUUUCCCACCAUCAUGGACUACAUCCAGUUUAUUAGCAAAAUCGGUCUUGCAGUAAGCUUCACUCUGGCUGUUCUAGCUCUGCUUGGCAUGAUUCUGUCCUCCAUCAUGAUCCACCAGCUGUAUUACCCCAACAGAGCCACCAUCAUGGUCUCCGUGAUGCCACCAAAAUACAAGGAGCUGCACAACUACCCGGCAUACUAGCCAAAGUACGAUGCAUUUUUUUUCUUUCAUAGAGUCCUGUUUUUUGUUUUCUUGAAUUUCAAAGUGAAAUAUUUUUCAAGCAGCAUGAAAAAUUUCACUGCUUUUCUGAUGCAUAGAAAUUGUUCUUUUCAUGUGACUUUUUCUGUUUGUGUUGAAAAAAAAAAAAGUUUUUAAAUUCAAAAUGGGAUACAUAUCACCUAUGCCUACAGCUGCAUUCGAUCCAUUUUUCUUCCUCUCUCGUUGUCCCUCCUUGUUCGUCAUUGAGUUGGCUGUAGAGCAGGUCAUCUGCUAAUUGGAUGGUUGUUGGUUCAAUCUCUGUGUGCUCUAGUCUGGAGUUCUUACCAAGGUGUCCUUGGGCAAGUUACUGAACCCCAACUUGGUCUCUGAUGCAUCUAUUGGCAUGUGAACGUUAAAAAGCAGAAUACAAGCAGAAUACACUGUGUAUAGUGCUUUCAGUACUCGAGUAGCAAAGCCACUGAAGGAGUAUGGGACCUGGCAUAUGUGCUUGGACCGUGAUAGAUUGUCUUUCUCUGUGGCACAUGAGAGAGUCAUGCAUCGUCUGUCACUGGGAAGGAUAGAAGACCAGAUCAAUGUUUCCUCACAUUACUGCAAAUAUCCCUCUGUCUCAGCUGACUCCUCUUUCUUGCUUGAUUUGCUUGAUUCUUUGUGUUCAUCAUAAUUGAAAUGGAAGAUGUGUAGUCCUCUGACACACCUUCUAUUUGAGUUUCACAUUCUGAAAAUUCAAGAAACUUCAAGAAGCCCAGUCACUUUCUUUCCAAGCUCCUCAGACUACCAUGUCCUGGAUGCCUGAGAACCUACUUGAACAUAGUUCAGAUUCUUCAUCACUUUUCUUCACUUCAUAACCUUGUUCCACUUCUGCAGGUGGGUGAUGUGCUUUUUCAGAGAAAGGGUAGCAUGUGCUCUAAAUAUUGACAAUAUUUUCUUUAUCUUCUAACCCUGGAUCUUCCUGAACAUUGAUUCUCCCUCCUCAUUAUACUAGAGGACAGUAUAUGCUUUGUUCUACUGGUCAUUGCUUUGCACAACAUGGUAAAAAAAAGUAUGCUCAUCAAAGUAUGCAAAUCUCUAGUGCAAUGAAGGCUUGUGAGCGCACUUUCUGUGUAUGUAUUAUUGUAGGGUCUACCUUACAAUACGAAGCACCUUGAUGUGACUGUUGUUGUGAUUUGGCGCUGUAUAAAUAAAAUUUCAUUGAAUAUAGA